AUGAAUCACGAUCCUUUCAGUUGGGGUAGGCCCGCAGACUCUACCUACGGGGCUUACAGUACACAAAUUGCCAACGCGGGCGCCUCUCCCAUGGCUAAUACACAGCAGCCUAUAGUGACAGGUACUUCUGUCAUAUCAAUGAAGUAUGACAAUGGGGUUAUCAUUGCGGCAGAUAAUUUAGGCUCAUAUGGUUCACUUCUAAGAUUCAAUGGCGUGGAGAGGCUUAUUCCCGUGGGUAAUAACACCGUUGUGGGUAUUUCCGGUGAUAUUUCUGAUAUGCAACACAUUGAGAGGCUAUUAGAAGAUCUGGUAACUGAAAAUGCGUACGAUAAUCCUUUGGCGGAUGCUGAAGAAGCACUUGAACCUAGUUAUAUUUUUGAAUAUUUAGCUACCGUCAUGUACCAGCGAAGAUCAAAGAUGAAUCCACUUUGGAAUGCCAUCAUCGUUGCCGGCGUACAAUCCAACGGUGAUCAAUUCUUAAGGUAUGUUAACCUUCUAGGUGUUACAUAUUCUUCUCCCACUUUAGCCACAGGAUUUGGGGCACACAUGGCAAACCCGCUAUUAAGGAAAGUUGUAGAUCGAGAAUCUGAUAUCCCAAAGACCACUCUACAAGUUGCUGAAGAGGCAAUUGUAAAUGCCAUGAGGGUUCUUUAUUAUAGAGAUGCCCGUUCUUCGAGAAGCUUUUCAUUGGCUAUAAUUGACAAGAAUACAGGUUUGACUUUCAAGAAAAACUUACAAGUUGAAAACAUGAAAUGGGACUUCGCCAAGGAUAUUAAAGGCUACGGUACUCAAAAAAUUUGA